UCGGGCUCGGUGAUGUCAGAACGCGUGUCGGGCCUGGCGGGUUCCAUCUACCGCGAGUUCGAGCGCCUCAUCCACUGCUACGACGAGGAGGUGGUCAAGGAGCUCAUGCCCCUGGUGGUGAACGUGCUGGAGAACCUAGAUUCGGUGUUGAGCGAGAACCAGGAGCACGAGGUGGAGCUGGAGCUGCUGCGCGAGGACAACGAGCAGCUGCUCACGCAGUACGAGCGCGAGAAGGCGCUGCGCAAGCAGGCAGAGGAGAAAUUCAUUGAGUUUGAAGAUGCCUUGGAACAAGAGAAGAAAGAGCUCCAAAUCCAGGUGGAACACUAUGAGUUUCAGACACGCCAGCUGGAACUGAAGGCCAAGAACUAUGCAGAUCAGAUCUCCCGAUUGGAGGAGCGGGAAUCAGAGAUGAAGAAGGAAUACAACGCCCUGCACCAGCGGCACACAGAGAUGAUUCAGACCUAUGUGGAACACAUCGAGAGGUCCAAGAUGCAGCAGGUUGGGGGGACCAGCCAGACGGAGACCAGUCUGCCAGGGCGAAGUCCUCGCCAGUCGUGGAGGAAAAGCAGGAAAGAGCGCCCUACCUCUCUGAAUGUCUUCCCCCUGGCUGACGGCAUGGUACGUGCACAGAUGGGGGGCAAGCUCAUGCCUGCGGGGGACCACUGGCACCUGAAUGACCUCGGCCAGCUGCAAUCCAGCUCCAGCUACCAGUGUCCACAUGAUGAAAUGUCUGAGUCAGGUCAGUCCUCAGCAGCUGCCACACCCAGCACCACGGGCACCAAGUCCAACACACCCACAUCUUCUGUGCCCUCAGCGGCAGUCACACCACUCAACGAGAGCCUACAGCCCCUGGGGGAUUAUGGUAGUGGCUCAAAGAACAGCAAGCAGGCCCGGGAAAAGCGCAACAGCCGAAACAUGGAGGUCCAGGUCACCCAAGAGGUGCGGAAUGUCAGCAUAGGCAUGGGCAGCAGUGACGAAUGGUCUGAUGUUCAGGACAUUAUCGACUCUACCCCAGAGCUGGACAUGUGCCCAGAAACCCGCCUGGACCACACGGGAAACAGCCCAACCCAGGGGAUUGUCAAUAAAGCCUUUGGCAUCAAUACCGACUCCCUGUACCAUGAGCUGUCAACAGCUGGAUCUGAGGUCAUCGGAGAUGUGGAUGAGGGGGCAGACCUGCUAGGGGAGUUCUCAGUGCGUGAUGAUUUUUUUGGAAUGGGCAAAGAAGUGGGGAAUCUGCUGCUGGAGAACUCACAGCUUCUAGAAACCAAAAAUGCUUUGAAUGUGGUGAAGAAUGACCUCAUUGCAAAGGUCGACCAACUGUCAGGAGAACAGGAGGUCCUGAGGGGGGAGCUGGAAGCAGCCAAGCAGGCCAAGGUCAAACUGGAGAACCGAAUCAAAGAGCUGGAAGAAGAGCUAAAAAGAGUGAAGUCAGAGGCUGUCAUUGCUCGCCGUGAGCCCAGAGAAGAGGUGGAGGAUGUAAGCAGCUAUCUCUGUACAGAAUUGGACAAAAUCCCCAUGGCCCAGCGCCGCCGCUUCACACGGGUGGAGAUGGCCCGUGUGCUCAUGGAGCGCAACCAAUACAAGGAGCGGUUAAUGGAGCUACAGGAGGCUGUGCGGUGGACUGAGAUGAUCAGAGCAUCCCGAGAGCACCCAUCUGUCCAGGAGAAAAAGAAGUCCACCAUCUGGCAGUUCUUCAGCCGCCUCUUCAGCUCCUCCUCAAGCCCUCCUCCAGCCAAGCGGUCCUAUCCCUCGGUGAACAUCCACUACAAGUCGCCCACCGCUGCCAGCUUCAGCCAGCGCCGCAGCCAUGCCCUGUGCCAGAUCUCAGCAGGCAGCCGGCCCUUAGAGUUCUUCCCUGAUGAUGACUGCACAUCCUCUGUCCGGAGGGAGCAGAAGCGGGAGCAGUACCGCCAGGUGCGCGAGCACGUCCGUAAUGAUGACGGGAGGCUACAGGCCUGUGGCUGGAGCCUGCCAGCCAAGUACAAGCAGCUGAGUCCCAAUGGAGGCCAGGAAGACACACGGAUGAAGAACGUGCCUGUCCCUGUGUAUUGCCGCCCUCUGGUAGAGAAGGACCCUACCAUGAAGCUGUGGUGUGCUGCUGGUGUCAACCUGAGUGGGUGGAAGCCAAGUGAGGAGGAUUCUGGAAAUGGAGUCAAGCCCAUGCCAGGCCGUGACCCUCUGACUUGUGACCGGGAAGUGGAAGACGAACCCAAGAGCAAUCACACGUCCCCAGAGAGGAAGAAGGCAAAGGAGCUGCCAGACACAGAUGCUACCUCCAGCCGGGUAUGGAUCCUCACCAGCACCCUGACCACCAGCAAGGUGGUGAUCAUUGAUGCCAACCAGCCGGGCACCGUUGUAGACCAGUUCACAGUCUGCAAUGCCCAUGUCCUGUGUAUCUCCAGCAUUCCUGCGGCCAGUGACAGCGACUACCCCCCAGGGGAGAUGUUCCUGGACAGUGACAUGAAUCCUGAGGACUCCAGCACUGAUGGUGUGUUGGCUGGCAUUACACUGGUGGGCUGUGCCACUCGCUGCAAUGUGCCACGUAGCAACUGCUCCUCUAGAGGGGACACCCCAGUUCUGGACAAGGGCCAAGGAGAGGUGGCUGCCACUGCCAGUGGGAAGGUGAAUCCAUCCCAGUCCACAGAGGAGGCCACAGAAGCUACGGAGGUGCCAGACCCUGGGUCCAGUGAGCCAGAAGCAGCUGCAGUGCGGCCUGGGCCCCUCACAGAGCAUGUCUUCACCGACCCAGCACCUGCCCCACCCUCCAGCACUCAGCCUGGCAGUGAGAAUGGGCCAGAGGUCGAUGGCAACAAUGUACAGCCUCAGCCAGAACCCACCGGGGACCCCUCAGCACCAAGCAGCAGUGCCGCACCGACCAUGUGGCUGGGAGCCCAGAAUGGCUGGUUGUAUGUGCACUCAGCUGUGGCCAACUGGAAGAAGUGUCUGCACUCCAUCAAGCUGAAGGACUCCGUGCUGAGCCUGGUGCAUGUCAAAGGCCGUGUGCUCGUGGCUCUCGCAGAUGGGACUCUGGCCAUCUUCCACCGUGGUGAGGAUGGCCAGUGGGACCUGAGCAAUUACCACCUGAUGGACCUGGGCCACCCCCACCACUCUAUCCGAUGCAUGGCUGUCGUGUACGACCGCGUCUGGUGUGGUUAUAAGAACAAGGUGCACGUCAUCCAGCCCAAGACAAUGCAGAUCGAGAAGUCAUUUGAUGCCCAUCCAAGACGGGAGAGCCAGGUGCGGCAGUUGGCAUGGAUUGGUGAUGGGGUGUGGGUGUCUAUCCGCUUGGACUCCACCUUGCGGCUCUACCAUGCCCAUACCCACCAGCACCUGCAGGAUGUGGACAUUGAGCCCUACGUCAGCAAGAUGCUGGGCACAGGCAAGCUGGGCUUCUCUUUUGUGCGCAUCACAGCUCUGCUCAUCGCAGGCAACCGCCUCUGGGUGGGCACCGGCAAUGGGGUUGUCAUCUCCAUUCCGCUGACUGAGACUGUGGUCCUGCAUCGAGGCCAGCUCCUAGGGCUCCGGGCCAAUAAGACAUCUCCCACAUCUGGGGAGGGCGCUCGCCCAGGGGGCGUCAUCCAUGUGUACGGGGAUGACAGCAGUGACAAAUCAGCCAGCAGCUUCAUCCCUUACUGCUCCAUGGCUCAGGCCCAGCUCUGUUUCCACGGGCACCGUGAUGCUGUCAAAUUCUUUGUCUCAGUGCCAGGGAAUGUGCUGGCCACCCUCAAUGGCAGUGUUCUGGACAGUCCCUCUGAGGGCCCCGGGCCUGCUGCACCUGCUGUAGACGCUGAGGGCCAGAAGCUGAAGAACGCACUAGUGCUGAGUGGUGGUGAAGGCUACAUCGACUUCCGCAUUGGGGACGGAGAGGAUGACGAGACAGAGGAAGGUGCAGGGGACAUCAGCCAGGUGAAGCCCGUGCUGUCCAAGGCAGAGCGCAGUCACAUCAUCGUGUGGCAGGUGUCCUACACCCCAGAGUGAGGCCACUGCCCCAACUCUCCACCCUGCCUGACGCCAAUGUGUACAUAGGACCCCUGCCUGCCUGCCCUUUGUCUCCUCCCCUGGGGCAGCUAGGCACCUCACCACCCCCUCCUAACCUCUCAACUUGCAGCUUUCACCUGAAGUCCAGCCCCCUCCACCCAGCUGGCAGGGAGAGGGGUGAUACGGGUCACAGGAAGGGAGGCAGGGAUCAGGUAGUGUUCCCAGCAGGGAGAGGAGAACCUCUGAGAACACCUUCUCCCCAACAGUACCUGGCUGGCACCCAGCCCAGUGUCACAAAGUCUCAAAGGCACUUCAGGGUAGGGAUAAGGCCAAGGUGUCUUGGGCAGCCCUGGUCCCUCUGUGGGCUCCCCACUCCUGGCACCCCCACGGCAAGAGCAGUGGAUUUGAGCUGCCAAGUCUUCCUACCCUGAGUCCAACUGCUUUGCAUGCUGCCCAUGGGAGUGGGGUCCCUCGGCCCCCCAGGCUCUUGCUCUCCCCCUAAGGGGACCAGGCCAAGUAACCAUCCUGUGUCCAGGGAGGCGGGGCUCAGGCUGCUUGGACCCCAGCCAGCCUUCUGUGGGUAUCCCUCAUCCACAAAUAUCAUUCCCUCAGCCCUAUCCAGCCUCCCCUGGGAUCUGGCAUUAAAGUUUGGGGCCAGGCUCCCCAGGGCAGCUUCUUCAGAAGACAAACCAGGUGCCAUCCAGUCCACCCCUUGCUGACCCAUGUCCUCCCUCGCUCACCUUGGAAGAGCAGGAUCCUAGAGUCGAACCCCUCCCUGAAGCCCCUAGGGUAGAAUUUCUCAGGCUGCCAGGGCAGGCCCAGGCCUCAGGAAAGAGGUCUGUGGCCUCUCCUGGGCAGGUAAGGGGGCUUGGUCCAGAGUGCAGGCUCAGCCUCAGGUUGAUGGGGGUGGUGUGCUCUUGGGAUCUGUCCCCUGCACAGGGCUCCGAGAAGCCCAGCUCCCAGACAUGCACUAAGUGCCUAGGGUUGCCCGCUUUGGCCUGCUCCCAUGAAGAGCAACUGGUGAGGGGCUGCCCAGCAGAGGCCAGAGGACAAAGACAGGGCCACUGCAGCAGGCCCUGGGCUUCCCUCCUUACCCACCUUCCCAGCCCAGGCCUUACUCCUCCUCCAAGGCACUGAUCAGGGCAGUGUGGCCCCUGCUACCCACCACCCCCUAGAGAAGCACAGAUCUUAGGGCGCAAUGCCAUGAGCCCAGCUGGCCACCACAAGCUGCGGCCACAUGUAGCUGCAGGCUUCUCCCUGCCACCCUGCCACCUCUCCACUGUGAUGUAUGUCCCUGUCUGUCCCCACAGGAGCUGAAGUGACUGGGUGUAGAGGGUGGGUGGAGCUGGAGAAAGGGGCUAGUGCAGUUCUCCUCAGGCUUUGUUCGGUCCUGCAAGUGAACCCACGUAUCUGCUCUGUAUGUAAUAAACGUCUUGACACAACGCCUCUGCCUCCCCAGGACCAGGCCACUGC